AUGGCAGUGUUGUUAUCAUCUUACCUUAUCUGUUUUCCAGGCACUGACGUGGACCAGUGCCGGCUGAAGCUGGUCAACUAUGAGGCUCAUGAGAACCACAUCUCCCAUGAGACUCAGGGGCUCAGCAAAACGCACCUGGUGGUGCGACGAGGAAAACCGUUCAAAAUCACCCUGAUGUUCGACGGCCUGUGGAAUCCUCUCAUCCAGAGCCUGGUCCUGGAGGUUUGGCUAGGCGAUAUGUCAGAGAGGAUUAGAGUCCAGUUCUCUGAUGAGUGGUCUGACCCCCUAAGAUGGACUGCAAAAAUCUACCAGAGUGACAUGAAUCCUCAGUCAGUCACCAUCCACAUCUGCUCCCCAGUUCUAUCCUCAGUGGCACUCUACGACCUCCUCCUCCAUGUGGAGACCAAACAGUACAGAAAGAGUUACGUAGUGGGAAAAUUUGUCCUGCUCUGUAACCCUUGGUUCAAAGAUGACCCAGUGUACAUGCCACUUGAUGUCCAAACAGAAGAGUACAUAAAGAGUGAUUAUGGGUUAAUCUACAUGGGCACCCCGUUAAACAUCUGUAGACGGCCCUGGUCGUUUGGUCAGUACGAGCCUGGGGUACUGGACGCAUGUCUCAAGCUCCUGCAGGUCAGCCCGCAGCACCUUAGAGACAAAAACCAAGACUUAAUUCACCGAGCAGACCCUGUGUACCUCAGCAGGGUGCUCUGUGCAAUGGUAAACUGUAAUGAUGACCUGGGGAUUUUGCUGGGGAAGUGGCAGGGAAGCUACAAGCAUGGUGUGAAUCCUACAGAGUGGAGCGGCAGUGCUGACAUCCUGCACCAAUGGGUCUCUUCCAACUGCAGCCCUGUACGCUAUGGACAGUGCUGGGUCUUUGCUGCUGUUCUCUGUACAGUGAUGAGAGUGCUGGGGAUUCCCUCCAGGGUGGUGACAGUUUUUAAUGCAGCUCAUGAUGGAGACGGAAGUGAGAAAGUAGAAGAAUAUUACACCAGCACAGGGGAAAAGCUCAACCUUUCAAAGGACAGCAUCUGGAACUUCCAUGUCUGGGUGGAGUGUUGGAUGAGGAGACCAGACCUUGGUUCUGGGUUUGAUGGCUGGCAGGUGGUGGACCCGACCCCCCAGGAGAAGAGUGCAGGGAUCUUCUGCUGUGGCCCUUGCCCAGUCCUUGCUGUCCAGCAACAUCACCUCACUGCCCCCUUUGACGCUUCGUUCAUCUAUGCUUCAGUUGACGCCGACAUCAUCCGUCUGGUUGUACGGGAUGGACUGGUGGUGGGGAGGACGGUGGACACUGAGGCAGUGGGACAGCUGAUCUACACCAAGAGUAUGGGCUCAGACAAACCUGAGAAUCUGACACCGACGUAUAAAAGAAAGAAAAGGGAUCAAUCUGCAGGCACAGUCAGAAACACCGCUAGGAGAGGGCAGCAACCACUUAUCAUGAUGAUGAACACAAAUGAGCUUGGUUCUUCAUGUAGUACUGCACAGUCCAGUCUAAUGGGAGGUGUAGCAGGGCCUUCACAAAGUUUUGAGGUUUCUCUGGACAUAGACGGGGUGCCAACAGUGGGUGACAGCAUCAUCAUGUGUGUGACGGUCACAAACCAGUCGAACAGCUCCAGGGUCCUGAUGGAAUACCUCAACGCUCAGUUUAAAGAGUUUAACAACAGCCCACAGAAGAGCUUCUGGAAAACACGCAGAAAAGUGUACAUAAAGGCCGGGGAAGUUCUGAAGCUGAACCACACCAUCCCUCCCUCUGAGUACGAGGCACACCUGGCUGGUGACGACAUCGUGAACGUGGCGGUGGUGAUGAAAGACAUAAGGGCAGACAAAAGAGUCCUGGCUGCUCAGGAGUUCAGCAUCGGCUCACCACAAAUAACAACAGAGAUUGAAGGAGGGGACACCAUCAAGCUAAAGGACGAGCACACAGCACAAGUUUCCUUCAUCAACACGUUUCUCAAAACUCUGAGUGGAGCUGUGCUGACUGUGGAGGGAUCAGGCUUGUUAGAGGGAAAACAUGAGGCCAGGAUGUUUUUUCUAAAGCCCGGUGAAAAGAUAGAGACGCAGGUGUUAAUCAUGGCCUCCUCACCUGGCACUAAAGUCUUGAUGGCCACUUUCUCUCACAGCAGCUGCCCCAAUGUUGUCUCCAGAAGCUUCCACACAGUGUCCGUCAUGACAGUGUGACACUGAAGAGUCCCUCCUCCAGAAGUUUUCAACAACAAGAAACUGUUUUUAAGAGGUUGACCAAAGACAACAAAUAUUUUUGGCUUAUUUUUUCUACAAUAUUGCCCUUAUUUUGUGUUCAAGACAAUAUGAGGAGUUUUUACCUAAUUAUAAAAAUUAAUAGAUGCUUCUUACAUGACCUACAAAGGCCAACCGAUCUAUCAGCAACAUGACUGAACCUGUUUGUAUUGUAUUUUUUAAUGCCUGUAACAGUGAGGGGGUAGGUUUCAGAUGGAUGAUUGACAGCAUGCUAGAAAACAGCAAAUAUUCUCAAUGAAUGAUAUGUUGAAUUGUCAAAAGGAAGCAGGAUGAGAUGAUGGGGCAAAAGAUACUGCCUUGGCAUGUCAGAAAAAAAUUUCAUCUUGUCCACAUGGGGGCGCCAAAAUUGGCAAAAUAUUUCAUCACAUGAGCUUUAAAAGAGGACUUAUUUGUAGAGAGACAGUUUGUAAACAUUGAUCAGCUCUGAAUAAUGAAUAUGUUUUUAUACAAGAUG